AUGGCGUUUGCUGCAAAAAAGGCUAAUGGCAUGCCAAAGUGCGCAGAAUUGAUCAUCGUCUCGGUAGGAGCAACUACAACUGUUGGGACUGACUAUAAGCAUCGGCGCUGCUUAUAUGCAAAGCAGCAGCAGCGCACAUGGAUUGCAGCAACUGUUGUGGGAGGCUGUGCGCCUAUUUCAUCUUGUGGCUGGCGACGUUCUGGUGGCAAUGCUAAUGUAGCGAAGUCGAAAAUGGUUAGACGCCGCCCCCAAAAAAGUGUAUUAAUUAUCGAACCAAAUGAACUAUUUGAUAUAGAAGAUAACGAUGAGGAAGUUCCUGCAACACAACAACAAAGAGUUGGCGAAAAAUAUUUUUAUGAUAAAGAUGGAACAAAAUGGAGUAAAAAUGAAUUGAAUGCCGGUGUUCGCAUACGUCAACACAAUAUUAUGCGCUUCCGAGCAAGACCUAAAGAAAAAAACUCCAUUCCACUUGAGGUAUUUAAGAAAUUUUUCACAUCAAACAUUAUCCAAGUCAUUAUUACCGAAACAAAUCGGUAUGGAAGAGAUUCAGUUAAUAAAUGGAAUGUGGAUAAUCCCAAUAAAGUACAAAAAGUUUGGAGCGAUGUUACUGAAGCUGAGAUAGAUGCAUUUAUAGUGAUACUAUGGAAUCGUUUUUCGACGAUACUCAACUCAAUGCAUAAAUAUCAGCCACGUUUCCAUUUGGUGCGCGCAAACGAUAUCUUAAAGCUACCGUAUUCAACAUUCAGAACGUACGUUUUCAAAGAGACAGAAUUUAUAGCCGUAACUGCAUAUCAAAAUGAGAAGAUAACUCAAUUAAAAAUAGAUAACAAUCCUUUUGCGAAAGGAUUUCGUGAUACUGGUGCUGGUAAACGUGAGAAAAAGCAAGCGCUCAUGUCGAAUCGCGGGUCCGAUUCGGAUAAGCUCAAUCCGACGCAUGUCAGCAGUUCACGUGCGCCACUUCAUUUAGGACAUACAGGACGUCCUCCACAUCAUUUACAUCCGCACUCUGCAUUACAUGACAAUCAGCAGGAUGACGAUGAUAAGCUACUAGAUGUGGUAGGACCACCGCAAAGCCCAUUAUUGCCUUUAAGUCAUUCGCUGCAACAAAUGCAUGCGCAUCAACAUUCGGCCCUUGCAGCAUGGUUCAACCAUUUGGCCGGUGCCGGCGAUCACGGUAACGAAGAUGCUCUACGGCGACGUUUGCAAUCAGAUGAAGUCGAGCGUGAUGGCAGUGAUUCAAGUUGCUCGGAGAGUGUUGGUGGCAGCACUGGUGGUGCCUUUCGUCCUACCUCAUCCGGCAGUCCCAAAGAGGGUGCAUCAAGUUUAAAUACAUCCGGUUCCUAUCCUGCGCCCAAUAUUUCAGUAGGACCACCAAUACACCCGUCACCACACUUGUUGCCUUAUCUCUAUCCACAUGGUUUAUAUCCACCACCACAUCUAGGUUUACUGCAUAAUCCAGCUGCAGCAGCUGCCAUGAAUCCAGCUGGUCUUAAUCCAGGACUACUAUUCAAUGCGCAACUUGCCUUAGCAGCACAACAUCCCGCCUUAUUUGGACACUACUCAGGACAUACGCCAGUCUCACCUUUACAAGGACUUAAGAAUCAUCGCUUUUCACCAUAUAGCCUGCCGGGUAGUCUGGGUUCAGCAUUUGAUGCUGUUACACCAGGUUCAAAUGCAAAUCGUGUUGGUGGCAGUGGACCUGGUUCUGAGGGGCCUGGUAUUAGCAGCGGUGCUGGCAGCAUUGAUAAUGGACCACGUAGUCUAAGUUCAAGUCCACGACCACGUGCCUCAUCCAAUUCACCACCAACGCGACCUAUCUCAAUGUCACCUACCACACCACCAUCUUUGCUCAAGCGUAACAACUCGCCUUCGGAAUUGAAGAGCAUUGAGAAAAUGGUCAAUGGGCUCGAAGUGCAACAUAAUGGCAAUGGCGGCAGCACGCUCGAUGAACUGCAACGUAAGUCGCCUUCACAUGCAGAUCAGUGACAUUUAUUUGAUAGGGACGACAAUGACCGUUCGUCCGUCAUUGAUCUCGAUGACGUGUGACCGCAAUAUGCAGUGAUUUAGUGCGAGAAGCGAUAUCAGAUUUAUGCUGCAAUUUAAUGUGUAUUUAUGAAAGGAUAUGCAGUGGCCCACCAUGUCUUAAGGAAGGUUAGGAAGGAAGGUUUUCAUUAUGUACCAGUAUGUUAAAGCUUAGUUACACAGAGACACACAAACAAAUACAGAACAAACCAGUAACACAUGUUCCAAAUUACGAUUAUUUUUAAAGAGUUUAGUUAAUUGAAUUUAUGUUCACUCACACCUUAAUUUGUAUAUAGAAGCGUGAUUUCCUAAUUAAAAUUAA